UGCAGCCGCGUGAAGAUGCGGCUUUUCACAUGUUGCCUCGUCAUACUUUGUGUGUUGAUCGUGCAUUGUUUUGCCCUCAAUUGCCGAUCGGAUGGAGGUCCCAAAGAAGAUGAACUGAAAAGGAUUUACAUGAACUGUGUGAGAAGAAAUGAAGGAAGAAACUCAAGUGACAGCAGAUACUCUGACCAGGACUGGAGAGAAUCGAGGAGGAAAAACCAAAAUCGCUGGGACAUGAGAGACGAACAAUCGAGUAGAGAAGACAGAGUAGGCAGUCGAGUUGAUAGACAUGAUCAUGAUAGAGACGAUCAUGGAGGCUACGAUAGAGGUAGAAACGAUAGAAUGGGGAGCAGAGAUCGUAUGGGAGGUAGGGACAGAAUGGAUAGCGAUGAAAGAGGCAGCAGUAGACAUUAUCAGAGUGAUGGAAGGAAUGAUAGAAUGGGUGGACGGGGUGAUAGGAUGGAUGGUCAAAAUGAUAGGAGUAGUAGAGAUGAUUGGAUGGGACGUGACGAUAGGUAUAGGCGAGACGACAUGAUUAACGGCAGAGAAGAUUUUCAUAGUCAAGAAUAUGGAAACGAUCGUUUUAAUCCGUACCGCUCCACGCAGAAUUCUCAGAGAUACCGGCGCGAGCGUCCUAGCAAGAACUCUGGGUACCGUAGCCAAUACAACCCUAACUCCUCGCGGUCUGGAGACGGGAACGACGAGAGGAACUCCAAUGAGAACAACUCCAGCAAGGAUAGCGAUAAUAAAGGAUGCGUGCUGCAUUGCUUCCUCGAGGAAUUGGAGAUGACUGGAGACAACGGCAUGCCAGAUAGGUACCUCGUAACACACGCGAUAACAAAAGACGUCAGGAAUGAAGAUUUGAAAGAUUUUCUACAAGAAUCUAUCGAUGAGUGCUUUCAAAUACUUUAUAAUGAAAACACAGACGACAAGUGUGAAUUCUCAAAGAAUUUGAUGAUGUGUUUAUCUGAGAAGGGCCGCGCGAACUGCGACGAUUGGAAAGAUGAUUUCAAAAUUAAAUACUGAACACAUGCUAUUGUUAACCGUUUUUGUGUGUCAUACAUACUAAUACUUUUAUUAUUUGAAUGUGAUUUUUAUCCUUGUCAAUUUUACUAUGGGUUUAAUAUACAAUUUAA